CCGCCCCAGCGAGGGGACCUCCUUCCCCCCGCCGACGCGGGGGCCGAGCGCUCGGGGCACUCUCCGAGUCCCGGCCCCUCGUCGUCGCCGCCGCGCGGUGAUUCCCGCGGAGCCGCGCGCGCCCCCGGCCGGGAGAGUUCCCAGACCGAGAGGAGAGUCGCAGGAGCCGGUGGGACGCGAUGCGAGCCAGCGCGCCCCUUCCCUGCGGGACGGGAGGCCGGGUCCCGGGACGUUGCCUCUGACGUCGGGAGCCGGUGGCCUGUGGCAGGGAGAAGCGCGUCGCACGGUCGGCACCCCGUGCGGGCGGCCUGGCCGCCUGAGCCAGAGGCCUCGGCCGCUGCAGGCGAGACCGACCGGCGGACGGCGAUGGCGCCGUAGAGCGUCGGGAUGGCAGCCCAGCGGAUCCGCGCCGCCAACGCCAGCGGCCUCCCCCGGUGCAGGUCCGAGGGGACGCUGAUCGACCUGAGCGAAGGGUUUUCGGAGGCGAGCUUUAACGAUGUCAAAGUGCCUUCCCCCAGUGCCUUGCUGGGAGACAACCCCACGCCCUUCGGGAACGCCAAGGAAGUGGUCGCCAUCAAGGACUACCGGCCCAGCAACUUCACCACCCUGAAGUUCUCCAAGGGCGACCGCCUGUACGUGCUGGACACGUGCGGCGGCGAGUGGUGGUAUGCCCACAACACCACGGAGAUGGGCUACAUACCCUCCUCGCACGUGCGGCCCCUGAGCUGCCGGGACUCCACCCUGAGCGACAGCGGGGUGAUCGACCUGCUCCCCGACAGCCCCAGCGAGGCGGCCAGGGAGUUCGAGGCGCCCGGGGGGUGGACGGACGACCAGAAGGGGUCCGGCAGGACCCACAGCAACAACCCUUUCUGGAACGGGGCCCAGACCAACCCGUUCCUGAACGGGCACCUGCCGGUGGGGCCCAGCGUGGAGGAGCUGGCCCCCAAGAGUACCGUGGACUUGCUGCUCUUCGACACGGGCCCGUCCGCCUUCACCGACGGCGGCUCGGCCACCGCCAACGGCCCCGGCCCCGGCUUGGACAGGCCGCCGGCCGCCGAUCAGCUGCUCGCCGAGGGGCCCGCCAGGCGGGACAACCCGUUCUUCAGAAGCAAGCGCUCCUACAGCCUGUCGGAGCUCUCCGUCCUCCAAGCCAAGUCCGACGCGCCCGCCUCCUCGGGGUUCUUCACGGGCCUGAAGUCCCCGGUCCCCGAGCAGUUCCAGAGCCGGGAGGACUUCCGGGCGGCCUGGCUGAGCCACCGGAAGCUGGCUCGGUCUUGCCACGACUUGGACUUGCUGGGCCAAAGCCCCGGGUGGGGCCAGACCCAGGCGGUGGAGACGAACAUCGUGUGCAAGCUGGACAGUUCGGGGGGCUCCGUGCAGCUCCCCGACACCGGCAUCAGCCUCCACGUGCCCGAGGGCCACGUGGCCCCGGGGGACACCCAGCAGAUCUCCAUGAGGGCCCUCCUGGACCCGCCCUUGGAACUCAACAGCGACAGGUGCUGCAGCGUCAGCCCGGUGCUGGAGGUGAAGCUGAGCACCUUGGAGGUGAGGACCGCCCUGGUCCUGGAGAUGACGGCGUCGGCCGAGGUGAAGAGCGACGUGCUCAGCAAAAGCACGGUGGGCCUGCAGUGCCUGCGGAGCGACCUGAAGGAGGGGCCCUAUGUCCCCGUCCCCCUCACCUACAGCUACGGCGACACGGUGCAGGUGCACCUGGACAACCUGGAGCCCUGCAUGUACCUGGCCAUCGUCGCCCACGGCCCCAACAUCCUCUACCCUUCCACCGUGUGGGACUUCAUCAACAAGAAGGUCACUGUGGGGCUCUACGGCCCCAAACACGUCCACCCGUCCUUCAAGACGGUGGUGACCAUCUUCGGGCACGACUGCGCCCCGAAGACCCUCCUGGUCAGCGAGGUCCCCCGCCAGGCCCCCAGCCCCGCCCCGGUGGCCCUGCAGCUCUGGGGCAGGCACCAGUUCAUCCUGUCCCGGCCGCAGGACCUCCAGGUCUGCGUGUUCUCCAACAUGACGCACUACGAGGUCAAGGCCAGCGAGCAGGCCAAGGUCGUGAGGGGCUUCCAGAUGAAGCUGGGCAAGGUGAGCCGCCUCAUCUUCCCCAUCACCUGCCAGAGCCCCGGCGAGCUCUCGGACUUCACCCUGAGGGUGCAGGUGAAGGACGGCCAGCAGGCCAUCCUGACCCAGUUCUGCGUCCAGACCCCCCAGCCGCCCCCCAAAAGUGCCAUCAAGCCGUCCGGGCAGAGGCGGUUCCUCAAGAAGAACGAGGUCGGCAAAAUCAUCCUGUCCCCGUUUGCCGCCACCACCAAGUACCCCACCUUCCAGGACCGCCCCGUGUCCAGCCUCAAGUUCGGCAAGUUGCUCAAGACCGUGGUGCGGCAGAGCAAGAACCACUACCUGCUGGAGUACAAGAAGGGGGACGCCAUUGCCCUGCUCAGCGAGGAGAAGAUCCGGCUGAAGGGGCAGCUGUGGACCAAGGAGUGGUACAUCGGCUACCACCAGGGCAAGGUGGGCCUCGUGCACGCCAAGAACGUGCUGGUGGUGGGCCGGGCGCGGCCCAGCCUCCUGCCGGGGCCCGAGCUGAGCACCUCGGUGCUGCUGGAGCAGAUCCUGCGGCCCUGCAAGUUCCUCACCUACAUCUACGCCUCCGUCCGGACGCUGCUCAUGGAGAACAUCAGCAGCUGGCGUGCCUUCGCUGACGCCCUGGGCUACGGGAGCCUGCCGCUCACCUUCUUCUGCCGCGCGGAGCUGGACAGCGAGCCCGAGCGGGUGGCGUCCGUGCUGGAGAAGCUGAAGGAGGACUGCAACAACGCCGAGAACAAGGACCGGAAAUCCUUCCAGAAGGAGCUCAUGAUGGCCUUGCUGAAGAUGGACUGCCAGGGCCUGGUGGUCAGGCUCAUCCAGGACUUCGUGCUCCUGACCACGGCCGUCGAGGUGGCACAGCGCUGGAGGGAGCUGGCAGAGAAGCUGGCCAAGGUGUCCAAGCAGCAGAUGGACGCGUACGAGUCUCCCCACCGGGACCGGAACGGGGUCGUGGACAGCGAGGCCAUGUGGAAACCUGCAUACGACUUUCUGCUCACCUGGAGCCACCAGGUCGGGGACAGCUACCGUGACGUCAUCCAGGAGCUGCACACGGGCCUGGACCGCAUGAGGAACCCCGUCACCAAGCGCUGGAAGCACCUCACGGGGACGCUCAUCCUGGUGAACUCCCUGGACGUGCUGCGCGCGGCCGCCUUCAGCCCGGCCGACCAGGACGACUUCGUGAUCUGAGCGGAUGCCCCGCCCCCACCAGGGCGCUGCCGCCGCUGCUGCCGCUGCCGAGGGGGCCUGUGCAGUCACGUUGCUGGGAGCGGGCGACCGACUGCCCCGCCAGAGGAGGGCGGCUCCGGGCCGGCCCCGCGCCCCAGGACCAAGCACACGGACAGACAGACGCUCCACCCGCCGCCUCCAUCACGGGGGAGGCCCAAGGGGAACGCCCACGGCAGGUCGUUGCCAAUCAGAUAGCUUUCUCUGUGUUCAGUAUAAACGUACAUUUAAAACCCCCUUUUAAAGUGUGGGGAGGAGGGGACGUAUGAGAAAGGUGAUAGUAGUUUUUUAAUGGACCACAGAGGUUCAAAACAAACAUGUCACGGGGCAGACGCUCUGGAGGUUUUUACGUUCUCUGAAGACCUUUUUAAAUUAUGUUACAGGUGUACAUCGGUAUUUAAACGUCCUCGGGGGCAUUUCCUACGCUCAGACACGCUCGCGUUUCCACGCCUGGCACGGGAGCCACUUUUGUUCGCGUGUUGGGCCUUUUUUCACUUUGUACUUGUAAAAAAACAAAACAAAACCGUGAAUCGGGGAGGAACCGUGGUUAGUCCUUCCGUGAGUGUAGUUCAACCCUGUGCUUUCCGAGAACGUUCUGGGCCCUCUUUUUUUCUUAUCUUCCACGCCUUCACCUCGUGGUGCAGUGAAGGAGGGGCCACGGCGCUCGUGGACCGUCUUGUGGGCAGAGUUCAGUCCGACGUGAGGCGUCGGCGUCCUGGAGCCCAGGGAGCAGCGGGGCCGGGCGUCUCAGGGCCCCUGCUCGUCCCAGGGAGCAGUCCCAGGCGCGAGUGAGGCGGUCCCCACAAAACGGCCCCUUCCCCCCGCCACCCCGGCGUCCUGAAGGAGCCUCGGCCGCCCAGGACACCCUGUGCCAGGUGCCUGCUGCCGUCUGCCAAACUCUCUCGGCUUCCUUUUGUCGAGAUGGAACCCCUCUCCCCUCCUGGCGUUCCCACAUCUCCUGGGAAAUGAAUGGUGUGGGGAAGCCGUUUCAUUGACAACAUAGAGAUUGUCUGUCUGAGCAGGAUGGACAAUGGGAAGGCUUCCCACGUCAAAUGGGGGACCUGGCGGCACGUCCCACCGACAACCGUUACCGCUGCGGGUGGAGUGUCUGUGCUGAGCUUCACGCUGCCGCCGUAGUCCUGGCGUCUCGGAGGGAGACGGGAGAAACACCGCCAGUACCCAGCAAACCCCCAGAGUCAGUCCCCGGGGACGUGCCUGGACACGCCCAGAUCCGGAACCUCACUCUCUGAAUCGGCGGCUUUGAAUCACGAGAACUACUGGGUGUAAUCCAUGAAGAAUCCCUUGUUGGGCUGAAACACUCUUAGGCUUCUACUGAUUUGGAUCCUGAAGAUCAGCGGGCUAGGAAAAACGACACACACACAAAAAAAACCACUAUGUAUUUUAUGCUGCAAGAACCAAGAUACACAAUUCCCCAGUCAUCCCAUGUGAUGACCUGAAAUCCCGCUUUCCGACGACCCGCCCUCCUUCUCUCCAGAGACCCCCCCCCUUUCUCCCCAAAGAAGACACGGAACCAGUUGCACCUUAAACCAUGGAUAUUUUUCCUCAGGGGCUUCAAAUAGUUUCCUAUGCAACAUGUCUUGUAGCACAAACUAAAUUCUACAAAAGUUGCAGUAAACUUUAUUUGGAUAUUUUGACCUGUUAA